AAUCAACUUGCUUAAGAAAUAUAACCUAUAAUUUAUGGAAUUUAUAAUAAAUAUAGUCUCUCAAAAUGUUAAAUAUUUCUCUUCUCGUCAUUCCCAUAAUAACACUCUUACUAUCUUACAUAUAAUAUGACAUAGAAUGAACACGAAAAAAAAGGGUUAGUAUAAUAGUAUAAGAGGUUUUCAACACGGUUGAUAAAAUGCGUAAAAAAAAAAAAACCAAUACAGAAACGGCACGAUACGGCAUGACACAUUUGAUGAAACAGGACCAAUUGACCAUGACCAAAAUCGAUUUUAGAGAACUGGUACGGAGUGGUAGUAGAAAAAACUGAAGAAAAAAGAAAAGAGGCGGGUAACCACCAAGUAAGAUGGGUCCCAAAUCCAGCCAGCAAACUCCAACCCACAAACCGUAACCCAAUAACAUCUCCCUCUUUCUCUCUCCUCUGACAUCAUAUAAAUGCCACGCGUCACUUCUUCUUCAUUCUCUCUCCUCCAAAUUUCUGCAAAAAAUACCUGAAUUCUCUCUCCUCCUCUUCCUCUCUCUCAACCGUAGUACUCCUAAUAAAUUUUUUUUUGGUUGAAAUUCAUUUCAAAAAAUUCAAAAAAAAUUAAAAAUAAAAAUAAAAAUUCAGGUUGAAAUUUUUAGCGAGGGAAGCUAUAAUUAGUUUUGUUUCGCUCUCUUUGUCAUUGACGCGAGUUCGAUCCGCCAUUCUCGCACCUUCUUCUUCUUCUCCUCCACUCGCAUCUAUAUGUUUUCUUUGGAGUGUUGUUGAUAGGUUUUGAAAGAAUUAAUGGUGGUUACAACCAUGAAUGUUCCCAGUAAACAGUUGAUCUUUGUUCAUCCUGACGAGCUUAAAUUUCAAUUUGAACUGGAAAGGCAAAGCUUUUGUGACCUGAAAGUUACGAACAACACAGAUCAGAAUGUUGCUUUUAAGGUGAAGACCACUUCUCCCAAAAGGUACUACGUACGGCCCAAUACUGGUGUUUUACAUCCUUGGGAUUCAUGUGUUAUAAGAGUCACUCUCCAGGCUCAGCAGGAAUAUCCUCCAGAUAUGCAAUGCAAGGAUAAGUUUCUACUUCAGAGCACAAUAGUGUCUCCAAAUAGUGAUGUGGAUGAUCUUCCACAAGAUACUUUUAACAAGGAUAGCGGAAGGACAAUUGAGGAAUGCAAACUCAGGGUUGUAUACGUCUCUCCAAAUUCAACUCAGGGUAAUGCUGAAGACGACUCAGCUAGUAAGCCUGGAAGAGGCUUAAAUGCUCAGGGAAAUCAAAGUGUCGAAGAUAAACAGACUUUGCAGCGCAUAAAAGAAGAAAGAGAUGCAGCCGUUCGACAAACGCAGCAACUCCAACAGGAACUGGAAAUAUGGAGAAGACGCAGCAGACAGCGCAAAAGUAACUCUGGCUUCUCAUGCAAAUUCUCUCUUUUUGUGGCAAUAAUAGGGAUUAUGCUCGGCAUCCUGUUAAAACUCUCUCUGUCUCCACCUGCUACAGCAUAGUUGUCUUCAUCAGUGCAGGAAACAGAUUCUUCUCUGUAUCAUUAGCCAUGGUUUACCUAAGUUUCCCCAUCUUCUCUCAGGGUGGUCCUUGCUUUCUGUAUAUUGAUCAUCGAAAUUUGUUCAUUGCGCUCGAUUCCGUCAUCUAUUCAUCUCCUGUGUAUCCUUGCCCUUGAUAUGUCAAAUAGGAUUUACUUGUGGUUUAAGGAUCUAAUGAUUGCAGUGAAAAACAUAGUAGCUUAGUUUUCUUGUCUAUUUUUGUCACUCUAGCAUGUUGACAAAGCAAAUCAGCAGACCUGGAGUUCAAUUGAAAUGAAAUCCUGGGAGUGUUUUUUGUGUCGAGUUGAAUUAUUAUCAGGCAAGUAAUUUUCUGUCA